GUUCCAUUUUGGCUAUAAGAACAUUUAUUUAUUUGUUUGUUUGUUCAUUCUACUCAACACCUAUUUCCUGAGCCCCCCUGUCCUCAAGAAGGUGUUGGCAUCAGAAGAGACCACGGAGGUGUGAAGAACAAAAGCAGAACCAAGUGCUGAAGGAAGGGCAAUAAACACAGCCUUAGAAGGCUGAUAAAUCCAACUGGAACUGAGGAAAGACAACAGAAUAAAAACCAAAUCUCUGAUCCUGAGGGAGAGGCAGGAAUAUGUGCCAGGUCCAGAACUGCUCAUAGGGAGAGGAGAGAAACUGAAGAUCACACACAGCCUCCCACUCCAAGACCUGGGGGCAUAGUGCCCGCAUGACUGAGAAUCAGAACAGAGCACUCACUCUCCAGCCCUCACCACCAGGCCGACUGACAAACAUUGGCUAACAAGCAACAGUGGGAUACUGCAGGAAGAGCCCAAGGUGCAUGCUGAGAGAGGCUUUCUGACAUAUACCAGGGAAGACCUAAACUGAGGGUGAAGUGGACACGUCCAUACCCUAAACACAGGUAACACUUGAGGAAUUGGAAGUAACUAUAGCAACAGCAGACCAAGGAUCUACACAGAGGAAUGAAAACUACAAGAAAUCAUAAUCACAUGAUGGUUUUGCAUUAUGGCAGUCAAAUAAGAGCUAAAGUGUUCCCAGAAACUUCGGACUAUCAGCCUACAACCGCAACAACAGUGCAGGCCAUAGCAAAACCUUUCCUACAACCAACUAACCAAGUACCUCCCAAAACCUCAGCAGUAAGAUCAACGGAUGGUCAUGUCACCUCUCGGAGAGCUGCCACAACCUCCAGCUCUGAACCCCCAAUCACACACACAACAAUAAGAACUCUAGUAACAACUUCCUUGGAAACUAUAAACAGUACCCCAUCUACCAGCACCACAGUCCACACCUUAGUCACAACCCCGGCCACACCCAAUAACUCACACACAGCUGCUCCAGGCACUGAGGCUUCCAUUGGCUCCAGGGCAGCCCCAGGUUCACUGCCAACCACCAUCACCCCACCAGCCCAUACAACAGGAAACAGCCCCACAACUAGGAAAACCACCCAACCCAGUAACCAGACCACCCUUCCAGCAAUGUUGUCCACCUCACCACAUAACAGCACAACCAGUCAGAAGUCUACUCAACCCAUGCACACCUCAGGAGCCACCACAGCUGCACACAAUACCACCCAAACAGCCUCACCUGCCACCAUGGCUCCUGGGCCCACUCUGGCACCUCAGCCUUCAUCAGCCAAGACCGGAAUUUAUCAAGUUCUCAAUGGAAGCAGGCUCUGUAUCAAAGCAGAGAUGGGGAUAGAGCUAACGGUUCAAGACACAGAGUCGGUUUUUUCAACUCAGAGAUACUUCAACAUCGACCCCAAUGCAACGCAGUCCUCUGGGAACUGUGGCUCUCGAAAAUCCAACCUUCUCUUGAAUUUCCACGGUGGAUUUGUGAAUCUCACAUUUACGAAGGAUGAAAACUCCUAUUAUAUCAGUGAAGUGAGAGCCUAUUUGACAGUCUCAAAUCCAGAGAAAAUUUACCAAGGAAUGAAAAGUGCUAUGGUGAUGUUUGAGACUGUGGUUGGGCAUUCCUUCAAGUGUGUGAGUGAGCAGAGCAUCCAGCUGUCAACCCAGCUUCAACUGAAAACAAUGAAUGUCCAAUUUCAAGCCUUUGAUUUUGAAGACGACCAAUUUGGAAAUGUUGAUGUUGAUGAAAAUCUGGGAUGGGAGGACCUGGUGUUUCCCAAAGUAACUGUUUUACCAGCGAGGGCUUGCCUUUGGAGAGAUGCUCUCUCUCUCCAUCUCCAGCAGGUCCUUCCAGCCGGUCCCUCCAGCCGGUCCCUCCAGAAGUACCCCGUUCCUGACUCCCAUACUUGAAAGGUUCUAUACUGCAGAGCACAAGCUGCUUAUUCACCAUGCUCCUCACCGUCCUGUAGAAUGACUAAAGGAAUGUUCCUCUUCUAGUGUGUGGACAUUUCUCCCACAGCACACGGGAAAGAAGCGGAAUUAAAAUCAAGGAGAGGGGGAUAAGGCAGUUCACUUAAGUUCAAUUUUCCUUUCUACCAUCUUCGGUGAGUUCUUUAGAGUGGCUGCUGCUCAGAGUCCUGUUGUGUACCCCCUCACACACACCCGCCAAUUAUCUUUUAAUUUACUGUGAAUUAACAUUCUAGUAAGCAAAAAGAGCAAAGCUGUCCUUUGAAAGACUGGUAAAUAAAGCCCGGAUGCGUUCCGGCCUCUCAGUUCUGCCCACUUUCUGCGCGAGUUCCGGGGAGGGUCUCGGAUUGAGAAUGCGGCCAGCUGCCUGUUGGAAAGUGGUUCUGUCUCUGCCCCUGGAUCCCUCUGGAGCUGCCUCCGAGUCUCCCUAUUACGGCUGCAGGUCCAGGGGCCCGAGACUCCCUGCAGAGCGCUGCUUGUCGCUUUCUGGCGUCUGGGCAGGAGGCUGCUACGCGCACCCCGGGAAGCCCUCCCCAGGAGGCUGGGGUGGGGGUGGGGGUGGGGUGGGGUGGGGGUGGAGGGUGCCGGGGCUGGCAGGCGCUUGACCCUUGCCUUUAGUGAGUGUACCUGCUGCUUGCCUGUCCGGCGAGUUUCAACUCCAUUUUCUCUUCUGCUGAGGAUAGGGCAUCGCAUCCUGAAUUCGCCCCUCCCUCUGCAACCCAUCUAGAGAUAAUGCCCACCUGGAAAUAACCAUCCAUUGUUCAUAUUGAUGUAUUUCCCUCUCAUGAGUAUUGUUUUGCUAACUGGAAGCAUACAGAGUACACAAUUUGAAAUCCUUUGUUACCUGUGCAUCAUAAGCAUUUCUCUAUGCUAUUAAAUUUGCAAAGUGUCAUUAU